UGCUGUCAGUACUCAAAUCAACGAAAACGUUAGCCCACAGCUGUCACCUUUCGACAAAAAAAAAAUCCUCGAAGAGCUGGCACAAAAAUACGCAAGCAAAAGCAGAACGGAGCAGUAAAAGUAAAUAAAGGCACCUCUGAAAAGGUUUUUCCGAAGAUCUGUGUUUGUGGGAAAGGAGAAAAUGCUCCUCGCCGAUUUCGCCCUGCUAUUGUAAUCCGUGGUGGUGUUUGGCAACAUCUGCGAAGGGGAAACGAUUUAGGAAUUUGCUACGCUGGAAUUUUCUCCGAAGAAGGUUUAACGAGGGUGGAGGAUGGAUGACAAUUUAUGGUUGAUUGAACUGGAGUCAGCCCUGCUGGAUGACUGCACGGUGGAUGAUGUGUACGCUAUAUGCGAAGGGAAGGCCAUUCCGGAUGCGCUGCGCCCGGAUGUUUGGCAGGUGUGUUUGGAUGUGAGGAACAAGAUGGACCAGCUGAUGCAGUUCAACGAGAUAUUCGAUUUGCCGUUCCAGUCGAAGUUGCGGCAGGAUUGUCACGGCUUUGUCGAGAAGCUGGGUAACGAGGAGGAAGAUCGGGUGGCUGUGGUGGCGGACCUGGAAUCGAUUCUGACGUUCUACUGUAAAAAUAGGAGUCUGGUAUACGAAUCGAAUAAUGGGUGGAUAGAGCUGCUGCUGCCGUUGCUGUCGCUGAAGUUGUUGCGGUCCGAUACUUACAAUCUGUUCGAAUCACUUCGGGAUACGUACAUUCCCAAGGGAUGUGUCAAGAACGGGAAUGUAUUCCACAUAUUCCGGCUGCUACUCCAGUAUCAUGAUCCGGAGUUGUGCUCAAUAUUGGACACAAAACGAAUUACCCCAGAUGCUUAUGCAAUGAACUGGUUUCAGACCCUGUUCGCAUCGACGUGCACACUGCAGGUUGUUCUGGCCAUGUGGGAUCUGUACUUCCAGCAGUCGGAUCCGUUCCUAGUAUUCUUCCUUAGUUUAAUCGUGCUGAUCAACGGCCGAGAUCAAAUCAUCACAAUGAAGAGCGCCUCCAAAGAAGAACUCUUGAACCUUCUAGUCAAUAUGCCGUGCAACAUCGAGGCGGACGAUGUAAUGGACUUUUGCUCAUUGGCCCAGUACUACUCGAUGAAGACCCCAUCGUCGUUCAAACGGGACCUGUUAAAAGUCCUGUUCGGAGCUCAAAGCAAUGCUGUGGAGGCGAACGUGGUUUCCCAAGCUCUUUGCCUACCCGUUUCAGUACACGAGCUGGUAGAGAACGCUUCUAGUGAAAACACCAACCCGGAAGCGGUUAGAUUUUUCCUGGUGGAUUGCCGUCCUGCCGAGCAGUACAACUCCGGCCACCUUUCGACGGCAUUCCAUUUGGACAGUAAUUUGAUGCUCCAGGAGCCGGUGGCUUUCCAAACCGCUGUCCAAGGCCUAUUAAGAGCGCAGAAGAAUGCCAUCGAAGCCAAUUCCAACGCUGGAGGGGAGCAUCUCUGCUUCCUCGGAUCUGGGAGACUCGAAGAAGAUCAGUACACCCACAUGGUCGUUGCAUCAUUUCUUCAAAAGAACACUAAAUAUGUUUCCCUGCUGACGGGUGGCUACGAAGCUAUUCACGAGUACUUCGGGGACAACAUGGUCGAUUGCCUGGAAGACCAUGAUCCUUUGAAGUGUCUCGUUUGCAAUAAGGAGCAGCUCCCGUAUGGUAAAAGCGUGAAUAAUAAUACCAUCACUAACACCGGUAGUUUGAAGAAACCGGAAAAUCGCCGCAACAAUAAUCCCCCGGACGGUCCCGAGCGCAAACCGACCGUCGACCUGUUCAGCAAGCUUUCCUCAGUCAUGAAGUCCAAGUCAGCUGAAGUGAAAGGCAAGCUGAUCGACUAUAUCUCCAACCCAAACCAAAACGGUCCCGUUCCUGAGAAGCAUGUUUCUCGGAACGAACGCAACGGGAAACGCUACCGCAACGUCCCCCCGGUCUUCAGCAUUGGUGAAGAUCAAGACGACGAGGACCUCACAGCAUCCAACGAUCUUCCCCCCGGUCCUCAACCCGCACCGAAUCCUCAAUCCCCAGACGACGUUGUCUCGAUCCAAUCCUCCCUUAAACAACCGGACGUAAUCCGUCACUUCAAGUGCCAAGAAGUUCACCUUAACGGGUACAUGUAUGACAGCUAUCUGCUCGUCACCGCUUCCCACAUCAUCGUCCUACGCGAGCUGGACCGGAAGGACAAGGCCCGCAUCAUCGUUCGGCGUCCGUUGCAGUCCAUUGUCAAAAUCACGGCCAAAAAGCGGCACCGGGAUUUGAUUACCUUCAAGUACGGCUACCCGGAGGAGGAGAACCUGGUCAUUACCGAUAUGGACCGAUUCCUGAUUCCGAACGCCAGCGAAGCGACCGAGCUAAUUUCAAAGCACAUUAUCAAACAGACGUAGAAGAAAGCUCCUCGCUAGUAGUUCUUACAGCUAUAAGGUAGUUACCCGCGUCCUGGAGAUUGGUACUGUGGCUUCGAUCCGCAUAGUUGACUGCACACCCUAAAACCUACCUUCAGCCAGUUGAUGCAAAAAUUCAACCGUUAGUGGCACGUUUUAGCAAAAAAAAAUCACAAAAUUUAGAAAAACACAUUUUACGAUGCAAUCUGAUGCUGGAUAAAAACCCCUUUUAACCGUUGUUGUCGUUCCUCUUUUUAUCCUCUGUUAAAGUAUCGAUGCAAUCUAUUUUAGCUACAUAUCGUGCUUGCAAAUGAAUCGUUUUCCUGGUCAGUGUUUUUGAGAAAGUUUUAUUUAUAUUUAUGUACCUAUAGAAUCUUCAGGAAUUAUUUUCACAGUUUCAAUACAGAUGGCAAAAAAGUUCUAUUAUUUUUUUUAUUUUGAAAAACUUAGAUGUGUUAACAGUUAUGACACCGCAGUAAAAUGCUUUGUAAUAAUUCUGUAUAAAAAAUGUAGUGAGACUUAAAUAAAGACCUAAUCAAUAAUAAAAA